AUGGUGGGGCUUGUGAAGUUGGACUGCGGCGUUCAGCACUACGACUGGGGGAAAGUUGCCGCGGAGAGUUUUGUGGCGAAGAUGAAGCACGAGACGGACGGAACUCGUAAGUACGCAGAGUUGUGGGUCGGAACACACAUGAAUUGUCCCUCCCGACUGUUCUCCGGGCAGCUGUUGGGGGAGUACCUCCGCGAUCCGGGUAUCGCCAACAGUUUUUUCUCGCCAGAACAUCAAAGCAACGUGGAGCUGCGCAACAAUGUGCCGUUUCUCCUCAAGGUCUUGUCGGUACAGACGGCACUUUCUAUACAAGCGCACCCUAAUAAGAAAUUGGCGGAGAAGCUUCAUCGCGAGAACCCAAGCAAAUACAAGGACAAUAACCACAAGCCGGAGCUGAUCGUGGCACUCACACCAUUUGAAGCUCUUUGUUGUUUUCGUCCUCUGCAAGAAAUUCUUUGUCUUGUUGAAUCUACGAAGCCGUUGAAGACGCUUCUCGGGAAUGUCGCCGUUGUCUCAGCAAAGGAGAGUGAAGGGGAUCUUAUUGAGGGCAUGAUGCGUGUUCUGUACAGCCUAAACCCCGAAGUCCACACGAAGGCUCUUCGAGAACAUGCGGCAGCUGUCAGUGCAAAGGGCGAGGCGGCUUCCACGGAAGAUCGUCUUUUUUUGCGUCUCAUGUCUCAAUACCCAGAUGAUAUUGGUUGCUGGAUGUUGUACUUUCUUAACUAUGUACAAAUGGAACCUGGCCAGGGUCUGUUUUUAUCAGACAGUGAGCCGCACGCAUAUCUGUACGGGGAUGGCGUGGAAAUCAUGGCAAACAGCGAUAACGUUGUGCGUGCUGGCCUGACUCCAAAGUGGAAAGACGUUCCCACGUUGCUGGAGAUGUUGCAUUAUAAUACCAAUGGCCUGGAGCGGGCAAAGUAUGAGCGUUAUCGCGCUGCCGAGGGAGAAGCAUGGGAGGUGCAACGCUAUUCUCCGCCGGGUAGGUUUACCGAAUUUUCCCUCUACCGCAUGGAACACGUUGCACAGAAGGCGAGCGAAACUUGUGUCAAUCUUCCCAACAUUGGACUGGGCUUCUGUUUGGGCGGUGAGGGCGUUGUGAAUGGGACGCACGUGGCGGAAGGCGACUGCUUUGCCGUUCCACACGGUCCGUUGAAGUGCGAGGCUAAUGGACGGUGCGUGUUGUUUGUUGCCUCCACAAAUGACGCCUUACCGGAGCAGGCUCACAUGUAG